AUGCAACAUAUCAUAUACCGAGUGCAGGAUUAUCGUCCAAUCUCUGAAGAUAAAUUCGUUGACAAUAAUGAUUCAGAGUAUGAUGAGCAAUCAUCUAAGUAUAAACUCUGUACACCAGCUAUUGCAGAAAUACGUAUACGAUGUGCCAAUUAUAUUUGGAAAGAAUGGGCUAAUGAAAGACAUUGGGGACCAAGAGUUGGUGUCAUCGCAAUUUCAAUUAAUGAAGUGGGUGCAGAAAAAGUUUUGCUGAUUUCAUUUAUUGAAAAUGGCCGUUUCAAUUACGGAUUUCCUAAAGGAAAGCCUAAUCUUGGUGAAACGAUCAGAAUGGGAGGUUUUCGUGAAUUUCAAGAGGAGACUGGUAUCAAUAACAUAAGUUCUGCUCUUCACAUACAUGAAAAUGAUGGUGUAAUUAUCAAGAAAUAUCCACAAAUUGGUCCGAGACAACAACGUCGAAGACGAACACAUUAUUAUAUUAUGACUACAACAUCCACUCGAUUUGAAUCAUUUCGACCCGAUCGAAAAGAAGUUUGCGAUGUUGAAUGGCGUAGUAUUUAUACUCUUCCAUGUCGUAAUAAUUGCAAAAUUCAACAAAAGUAUAAAACGGUUAACGGCGAAGAAAUACCUGUAAACUACCAUAUGGUCACAUUAAGAGAUAUGAAUGGACGAAAUCCAACUAUAAUGGAUAUGUUGUUAUAUAUAGAUGCAAAUAAUGAAGAUGGACGAAGAGUUUAUUACAGAUGCAACAAAGCUAAACUUCGUGGACCUCAAUGUAGUGCAAGUAUUCAUCUGUUAUAUCAUGCAGACAGUGAUCAAGUAACUCUUUAUAAAACUGAAGCUGAACAUGAGCAUCAUAAUGAAAAAGUUCGUGGUAUUGAUGCGAAUGUUAAAAAGUGCAUUGAAGAAUUAUAUAAUGAUGGUAUCAUGAAGCCAAAGCAAAUUAUUCGAGCACUUCAAACAAGAAAAAUGAAAAUGCCAACAUUAAUACAGAUUAAAAAUUACCUUGUCCAAUACAAAAAAAAGAAAUAUGGUUUACAUAAAAUAAGUUUAGGUGAAUUUGAACAAUGGUGUGAUGAUAAUGUAGAAGUUCCAAUUGAUGAAAAUAAAGCUUUCGUUGUAUCAUACAAAAUAUUAUAUGAUAAUGAAGAAUAUGAAGAUGAUGAAGAUAUUGAAGAAGAUAAUGAAAAUAAAUUCCGUAUAUUUAUAUCAUCUGUUCGUUUGCUCAAUAUCGCAUCAAUAUCGUCACAUUUACAUGAUGAUGCUACGUACAAAUUAGUUUGGCAAGGUUUUCCUGUCUUAAUUGUCGGUACUACUGAUUUUAACAAAGCAUUUCAUCCAUUUGGUUUAGCAGUAUGUUCAAAUGAAAAAAGUAAAGAUUUUGAAUUUAUCUUCAAUAGUAUUCAAGUUGGUAUGCAAAAAAUAAAUAAAGAUUUACUAAAACCAACAGCAUUGAUAUCUGAUGCUGCUGAUGCAAUUAAAAAUGGUUUUACAAAUAUAUUUGGUUCUUCCUAUAAUCAAAUAAUGUGUUGGGCACACAUGAAAAGAAAAGUUGACAGUCGUGUAUGUCAAAUAGAUGACAAACAUAUUGCAAAAGAAAUCAUAGAAGAUAUCGAAAUGCUCCAACUAUCUAAUUCUACAGAAGUAUUCAAAUUAGCAUCAACAUUAUUUAUAAAGAAAUGGAAUAUGAACAACAAACAAAAAAAUCAAUCAAUACUAGAUUUUAUGAAUUAUUUUCACAAUGAAUGGCUCAAAACAAAUGAUGGUUGGCAUGAAGGUAUACAAGUUUAUACACCAAGCACAAACAAUGCUUUAGAAGCAACCAACAGAACAAUUAAAGAUGAUGGAACAUUCAGAGAACGUCAUGUUUUAUCAAGAUUUUUGACAAUAGCUUCAAAUAUUGUCAAUAAUUGGUCCAUUGAACGAGAUAUCACAUCAAUCAAUGAAAAAAUAUUUGCUACUGAACCAACAAUAUCUUUGGAAUUAUGGACUUUAUCUUAUCAAUGGGCUAAAUCGACAACAGAUAUAAUUUGUAUUCCCAAUGAUUGUUCAAAAACAUAUUAUAUGCCCGCUCGUGAUUUACAAUCAAUAUCUCAAGCCACUUAA